AUCUCCUCAUCUCUCCCUACAGAUCUGUCAACCCUCGAUGGGUUGAAUGUUAUCGAUGGACCAAUGAACGAGUCGUUUACGCCAAACACUAUAUGGAGUGACCAGCACCCUCUGUCCGUCCAUCCACACUGGACACAGUUUCCACCCGUCACAAAGGAAUGGCAUUACAUCAUCGGUGUCUUCAUCACUAUUGUUGGUCUACUGGGGAUUACUGGAAAUUCCAUUGUCAUUUAUAUAUUUAGCAACACGAAGAGCCUCCGAUCACCAUCGAACUUACUAGUGGUGAACCUAGCUGUCAGUGACCUCAUUUUCUCUGCUUUCAAUGGCUUCCCGCUACUGACUGUGUCCUCCUUCCACCAGAAGUGGGUGUUUGGAUCCCUGACCUGUCAGCUUUACGGUUUUGUGGGAGGUGUUUUUGGACUAAUGUCCAUCAACACCCUGACAGCUAUCUCCAUUGACCGGUAUAUCGUCAUCACCAAGCCGCUACAAGCAUCACAGACCAUGACAAGACGCAAGGUGUAUCUUAUGAUCCUUCUGGUUUGGGCUUUGUCCAUUCUCUUGAGUGUCCCACCAUUCUUUGGCUGGGGCGCCUACAUUCCCGAAGGUUUCCAAACGUCAUGUACCUUCGACUAUUUAACAAAGACGACCCGGACACGAGUAUACAUCAUAAUUCUGUAUCUAUGUGGAUUCGCUCUACCACUGCUUAUCAUAAGCGUAUCUUAUAUAUUGAUCAUCUUCGGUGUCUGGAAUCAUGACCAAAAGAUGCUUACUUUAACCCAGAACAUGAAUGCAGAAGACAUUCGGGUAAAUAAUAAGAGAGCUCGAUCGGAAAUUAGGAUUUCCAAAAUUGCCAUGGCCAUCACCUGUUUGUUUAUUUUAUCUUGGAGCCCCUACGCUAUCAUUGCCUUGAUAGCACAGUUUGGACCUGCGCAUUGGAUAACACCAUUGGUGUCAGAACUCCCCGUGAUGCUCGCGAAGUCAAGCUCCAUGCACAAUCCGCUUGUAUAUGCAUUCAGUCAUCCAAAAUUUCGCAGAGCACUUUAUCAGCGGGCCCCUUGGAUGUUUUGUUGUUGUAAGCCGGCGGAUAAGCCUGAUUUCCGAACCUCAGUCAGCUAUAGGAAGCGAGAAGUGACUCGCACGGAGAGCAACAACAGCGACGUAUCCAGCGUUCUCAGUAACUUUAGCGAAUCGACAACAACGACGGCAAUGAGUUUAACGGAGAGAAAAAUGCCGGAAGAGGCGACGCGGGCCAACAGAGACAGGUCUUUCGGCAGAAGUGUCUCCGUCAUAAAAUCAGAUGAUAAUUCUCGCUCUUAUCCCGCCAUGUUUUUAUUGGCUUAUCAAGUAGAAGUGGAUACACUUCUUGAUAUCACUCAAGAUCAAGGCAGACGGGAUUCCAACUUAAAUUCCUUGUAUAUUCCUACACGAGUGCAACAUGGACCAACAACCCAGGCACUCGGAGCGCCUCCAGGUGAUAUUUACGUCUUGAACAAUAAUGAGCGGGUGGGUCUAGGUACUACUUACCUUUAA